AUGUCCAAGCAGGAGAGCGACACGGCGAAGAAGUCGUCGACGGAAGACGACGAGCCUGAUGACUGGGACAAGCGCAUCUUCAGCACGGGUUGCGCAGACGAGAAUGCCAAGUUGACAGAUUGCUAUUUCGAGAAGAAGGACUGGCGGCAGUGUACGGCCGAGAUGGAGCAUUUCAAGAGCUGUUGGAAGCAGCAGGGCAACGAUCGCCGGACGGACGCAAAGGAUGCGUGA